AACACAAAUAAGCCUUUGCCCUGUUUAUCAGAGCUCAACUCUGCGAAGGCAAUUAGAGGAACAGCCAUGGCCAGGCUCCUCGUCACCUGCUGCCUGGUGGCCCUGUUCCUCGGCGCCUUCACCGACGUCGCCUUCUCAAAGAAGAGCAAAGGCAAACCCAGUGGAGGAGGCUGGGGAACGGGGAGCCACCGCCAGCCCAGCUACCCCCGCCAACCCGGCUACCCCCAAAAUCCUGGCUAUCCCCACAACCCAGGGUACCCCCACAACCCAGGGUACCCCCACAACCCCGGGUACCCCCACAACCCAGGCUGGGGACAGGGUUACAACCCAUCCAGCGGAGGAACCUACCACAACCAAAAGCCAUGGAAACCCCCCAAAUCCAAGACCAACUUCAAGCACGUGGCCGGGGCAGCAGCGGCGGGCGCCGUGGUGGGAGGUUUGGGGGGCUACGCCAUGGGACGCGUCAUGUCGGGGAUGCACUAUCGCUUCGACAGCCCCGAUGAGUACCGAUGGUGGAACGAAAACUCGGCGCGUUACCCCAACCAGGUUUACUACCGGGAUUACAGCAGCCCCGUCUCGCAGGACGUCUUCGUCGCCGACUGCUUUAACAUCACGGUGACCGAAUACAACAUCGGACCCGCCGCCAAGAAGAACGCCUCGGAGGCUGGCUCGGCGGUGAACCAAACGGAGACAGAGCUGGAGACCAAGGUGGUGACGAAGGUGAUCCGGGAGAUGUGCAUCCAGCAGUACCGCGAGUACCGCCUGGCCUCCGGCAUACGGCUGCAUCUCGCCGAUGCCUCCCUCGCCGCCCUCCUCCUCCUCACCCUCUUCGCCAUGCACUGACGUGCCCCGAAUCCCACGGCUUCGAAAUGUCACCCGUGUCCCCAUGGGGACACCCAUGAACCCCCCAUGUUCUUGCUUGCGGUCAUCUUUGGUGAAGAGCCCUUGGGGCGCAUGGGCACAGACGCUCCCCAUCACCUCCCCGGAGGCUCCGGUUUAGGCGAACGGAUGAAAAUUUCACUCUCUGCCCCAAACACGUCCCCGGCAUGACAGGACAGU